AUGAGUAAGGAAUCGCAAAAUGAAAAUUCUUCUUUAAUAAAAGGAACCGGGCAAAAAACUCCAUAUGGUAUUAACCGUUAUUUACUUUUAAUAAUUUACUGCAUUUUUUGUGGUCUGACAACUUCGGCAAUUCAACAAAGUAUUUGCAUUAAAUUCAUUAUGAAUAAGCUGGGCGCAUAUGAAUGGGCCUGUGACGGUGCUCAAACGGAAAUUUUGCCAACUGGAGCUAAAUGCAAGGCACAAGAUAACUAUAUUACAACUUGCUGGACGGCAGGUAUUAUGGCACCUAACAUUAUCCUUUCAGUAUUGGGAGGUGGAAAGUUAUUUGAUAAUUUGGGCCCUAAGUUAACAGGUUAUAUAGGACAAUUAAUGUUUAUGUUUGGGCUUUUAAUUUUUUGUAUUAGUAACCAGAGCUUUCCAUUAUACCCACUUGGAUUUAUAUUAAUUGGUUUACCUCAAGGCCCAAUUUUUAACAGUGUUGUGUCUAUAAGCAACUUGUUUCCAAGCCAUUGCAAUAAAAUAAUUUCUAUCUUAAGUACAAUGGGUGAUGUUUCGGCGUUUGUUUUCUAUUUUAUUUAUCACUUUCACGAAUUUUCUGGAAUUAGUAUUAGAAAAAUUUUGGUUUUUUAUUCAAUAUUUGUCUGUGGAACUUUGUCAUUAGUUGCAUUAUUCCUGAUUCCCAAUAUUUCUUAUGAAAAAUUCCAGAGCACAGAUUCAACUGAGGAAGAAGAUUCCAAUUCAGAGCUUACAUAUAACACUACUUAUUCUUCAGAGUCGGUUUCACUUCAUAAUGCUUCGUUAAUGGAUCAACUCAAAUCCUCAUUUUUCAUUCUUUUACUUCCAUACUUUACCCUUACAGUCUUUCGAUCAGAUUCAAUCAAGGCCUGCCUAGAUUCAUUCUUACAGAGUGCAAGUAAUACCGAUAUUGAUCUUAUAAGAAGCCAAAUGUCCGUAUUUUCUACUUUACAAUGUUUCUCAUUCUUAUUCUCUUUAAUGAAUGGAUUUAUCAUGGACAAAAUUGGAGUUUCUAAAGGAAUGCUUCUUCAAAAUUCGUUAGGAAUUAUUGUAUCAGCCCUUUUCCUAUUUAACGCAUCUCAUAUAGUGAGGAUUGUGUCGUUCUUCAUUUUCUUUUCCUAUGCCAGCUGUAUUUAUUCAACUGCAUACUGCUAUUUGGUUGAAUGUUUUGGAUUCUCAAAUAUUAAUUUUUUGAUGGCAUUGACAACUGCGCCUGUUGGAUUCAUUUACAUUGUUAUUCCAAUCAUGUAUAGUAAAUUAAACCCAUCAAAUUUCUUCUAUUUCCAUCUAUUUUAUGUGAUUUCAUCACUUAUAAUGUACAUAACUCCAAUUAAUCUAUUAAUGAGUAACCUAUACAAAACGCAGAAGCUUAAUUCAAAUGACGAGCUAUCUUCUAUACAGGUUGAUGAACCAAAAACAGUUGAAUAA